GCGCUGUAUCCCUCCACAGUUCUACAAUACGGAACACGAUCCCAAGUGUUUCGCUCAAGUGACGCCGGUUGGAGUUCGGGGGGAAUCCAAACGGGCUGCGAGGGAAGAGCGGUGACCUGGAAGCUCAGCGAUCAGCUAGUCUCCUUUUGCCGACGAUGGAUUUCUUUGGCGAGUGGCGACGGAGUCGCCCAGGGAGCUCUUCCUCUCAGCGUUAAACAUGGCCGCCCUGAGCGACUCUUUCUGCGCGAUUGUUCGUAAGUCCUGAGCCGUCGGCGAGUGUGAGCAAGAAGAGGAGAGGGGCGCCGAGAGCGGAUCGAUCUGCCCCCCGAUGAGCAGCGCCUGGCCAGAGUCGUCAGUGUGCGCGACAGAGGCCUUUUGCAGCAAAGCCGCGCAUUUAAAUGAAACAAACUGGGAAGCCGGAUCGAGGCGUUGUGACAUCGACGAGACGAGAGGAGCGAGGCCGCGGGGCGCCCUGAAUCUGGCUGCGAGUCAUCGCGGACGCUCACACACAGAAGCCCCCGUUUGUCGGCGGCGUUGUUUCAUGGAUCGCUUGCUUCUGCGGGUUGCGGCGCUGUGCAGCGGACCUGCUCCAUGGAGUUCCUCGGGUCUUGAGACUUUCUGCAUCGCACUGUGACAGGUCCAGAGAAAGGAAUGGAAGAAAACAAAUCAAAUGGAGAGGAAAAUGACUCUGAGACCUCAGCUGAUGAUGGUGGACUCCCAGAGACGACAUCUUCUGCCGAAGGCGACCCCGAGCCACCGGCUGAGAGUGUAAAGACCCAGGCAGAACCCGCACCACCUCCCAGCCAGUCAUGGGCUAAAUCACAGUGUUGUGCAUUGUGCAACUGUGGCAGCUGGAGCUUACAUGGACAGAGGGAGCUACGGAGGUUUGAUCCAUCCGAUAAGAAUUUCUCUUUACUGGAUGAAAGUGACCAGGCAGCCUCUGAACAACAUCAAGGCAAGAAGGAUUCUGCUAACAGCCCCACGGAUGAUCUGUCCCAAAUUGGCUUUGCAGAAGCUGCCCCGGUGGCUUCAGUGUUUGAAAAGUCAGGACAUUGCUGGGCACAUCACUGGUGUGCAGCCUGGUCAUAUGGUGUUCAACUUGAUGGCAACCAGGGUCUUAUAGGAGUGGAUAAGGCGGUCAUCUCAGGGAUCCAACAGCGAUGUGAAUACUGUAAACGGCUUGGUGCCACCAUCCGGUGCCGUUCUGAGGGGUGUCAGCAUUUCUAUCAUUUUCCCUGUUCAGCAGCAAGUGGGUCUUUCCAGUCCAUGAAGCUGUUAACACUGCUGUGUCCCAGCCACCUGGAUAAGGCAGUGGAUAUGGCCAAAGAGGAAGCACGCUGUGCUGUGUGUGACUCACCUGGAGAUCUCUUGGAUCUUCUGUUCUGUACAAGUUGCGGACAUCACUAUCACGGGGCCUGCCUGGAGAUCAGCGCAACACCACUUAAGCGUUCAGGGUGGCAGUGCCCAGAAUGCAAAGUGUGUCAGACGUGUCGACAACCAGGUGAGGACUCCAUGAUGCUCGUGUGUGAUGCUUGUGACAAAGGUUACCACACGUUUUGUCUGCAGCCGGUAAUGGAUUCCUUACCAAAAGAUACCUGGAAAUGCAAGAAUUGUCGUGUUUGCAGCAAGUGUGGAAGUCGAGGGUCAUCUCCACAUUGUGGAGUCGUCUGGUACGAAAACUACUCCCUUUGUGAGAGCUGCCACCAACAGCCUAGCUCUUUAUGUGCAAGCUGUGGCAAGCAGUCCUCCAACGAACGCUGUGAGGCCUGCCAGGGUUCAUCGCCUGGGAAAGAAGAGGGAAUCCAGGAAAAGGAAAAUCCAGUGGAACUUGGGAAAGACUGCACGGUUGCAGGAGAAGUGCCCAUGGCCGAGUCGGAGAAGCCACACAGCCCUCCAUCCUCAGGGGAUGUUCAUAAACUGAAGGAAGACCUCCAAACCGGAGACCAAGUGGCUGAGAGUGGCACUGAGGCAGCCAGUUUGCAAAGCACUGAUGCCGGUUCUACUGCAGAUAAGCUAGAAACCAAGUUGUCUGGCACCCUUGAGCCUGAGACUUCAGUUCAGUUAGGAGAUCCUGAUGCCGAGGAAUCCCAGACAAUUCCAAACCACAAGGGAGAAGAAGAAAUGGACUCUAGCCAGAGCAAAGCAGAUAUCUCUUGUGAUGAAAGCACUGUUGCCAUUAGGACUCAGGAGCCGGGGGCAGAUGGCCUAGAGGAGCAUGUAACCCCUGAGACACUUCCAUGUUCGGAACCAAGAGCUCUCUUCUCAGACUCUCUGGAGGAAGAGGAAGAGAGCUGUGAAAAGAUGUCUCAAACCGAGGACUUUGCAGCAGAGAAUAAGCUAAAACUGGAGCAGCCAGGCUCCCCUGCGGGCAGGCGAGGAAGUCUGCUCAUGAAGCCUGAGUUUGUAGAUGAAAUGUCUAAUCUGAGCCAUGGGGAUGCUAGCAGCAGUGGCUUCCUUGAGUCGGAACCAAACAUCUCUCCCGGUGAGCCGGACUCACAUUCCCUUUCCAUGGAGCUGGGCCUGGUGUCCACUGGAGAGGGUGGGAAUGGGCGAUUAUGUUCAGACUCUAUCUUAACAGAGACGGACGACUCAAUGCCCUUCGAUUCCGCUUCUGCAAAGCUUGAUGCCGAGAAAGCCAAGAGAAGGAACUCCCCUGGACGAUCACGAGUGAAACAGGGACGAAGCAACAGUUUCCCAGGAAAGAGACGUCCUCGAGGCGGAGGUGGAGGAAGGGGCCGUGGCCGCUCUCGCCUCAAAGCCAUGGCAUCCUGCAUCGAAGCCUUCCUGUGCAUGGACGUAGAUUCGUCCCCAGGGAAGGAUGAUGAUGAUGAGGAUGAUGACACAAUGCAGAACACGGUGGUCCUUUUUUCCAACACGGAUAAGUUUGUCCUUCUGCAGGAUAUGUGUGUGGUCUGUGGGAGUUUUGGGCGUGGGCCGGAAGGACAUCUUCUGGCAUGUGCACAGUGUGCCCAGUGUUAUCACCCAUACUGUGUUAACAGCAAGAUCACUAAAGUGAUGUUGAGCAAAGGCUGGCGCUGUCUUGAAUGCAUUGUAUGUGAGGUGUGUGGUAAAGCCUCGGACCCAUCACGUCUCCUGCUUUGUGAUGACUGCGAUGUCAGCUACCACACUUAUUGCUUGGAUCCUCCACUCCACACGGUCCCUAAAGGGGGCUGGAAGUGUAAGUGGUGUGUAUGCUGCAUGCAGUGCGGUGUGACCUCCCCAGGCUUUCAUUGUGAGUGGCAGAACAACUACACACAUUGCGCUCCUUGUGCCAGUCUGGUGGCCUGUCCAGUAUGCAAGGAAGCCUUCGUGGAACAAGAUCUGCUACUCCAGUGCCAGCACUGUGAACGGUGGAUGCAUGCCAUGUGCGAGAGACUUUAUACUGAAGAUGAAGUGGAACAAGCAGCCGACGAAGGCUUUGUCUGCACUAACUGCACACCCUAUGUGCCCAGACCUGUUGUUGUGCCGGAGAUUCCCGUGGUGAUCCCUGUGAAAGUGAAAGAGCCAGAGCCCCAGUUCUACCGACUUGAAGGAGUUUGGCUGACGGAGGAGGGAAUGACUCUUCUACGCAGCAUCUCUGUUUCACCACUACACAAGCGACGGCAGCGGCGCUCCCGUUUGGGAACGAUAUGUGGGGAGCCAGGGUCUGAUAGCUUGGAGCUCAAGGAUGGAGAUGUUGACGGUGAGGACAUGAAAGGAAUUGUGGAGCCCAUGGAAUGCGACUCAAAACUAGAGAAUCUGGGAAGUCCAGAUCGAGAGACUGGAGCAGAGAGGGAGUCUGGUCUGGAGGGAGUUGCAGAUGGGACCAUAGAUACUGAGGGUUGCAAAGGCAGUAUUGAGGAAACUGAUGAAGGAAAGAAGAGGAAGAGGAAGCCCUACAGGCCUGGCAUUGGUGGAUUCAUGGUGCGGCAAAGGAAAUCUAACUUGCGUAUUAAAAAGGGACUGAUUCCGCAGGCUCCUGAAGAACAGGGAGGUUUGGAGCCUCUGUGCACUACUGAGAAGACCCCAGAAGAAGAAACACCAGGGGAUGGCCAGAAAAAUCUAAAAGGGGACACGGUUGGAGAGCAGGCAAAGAAGCGGCGCGGCCGUAAGAAAAGCAAGUUGGAGGACAUGUUCCCUGCAUAUCUUCAGGAGGCUUUUUUUGGGAAGGCUCUUCUAGAUAUUAGCAAGAAAGCAGCCUUGGCCCCCAAAACUCCAGUGGAGGUUGCAGUCCAAGACUCGGUGAAGCCAUCUUCAGCAUCCAGUCAUGAGGCAGUGCCUAUUACAGGAGAAUUACUUCAAAAAUUGGCCCCACAGGAGUCUGCUCUUGGUGAUUUGCCUCUCUGUGUCAAAGAGGGAAGCUUCACUGAAGAAGGCCCAGUGGAAGCUACAGUGCGCGUCAAGGAUUCCAGUGAGGAACUCCCUCAGUCUGUCAGCAUGAAUGGUUGCCCUCCAACCCCACAGGGUGGAUGCCCUGUAGAUACAGAGAAGCCUUGCACAGAAGGACAACCUGCCAGGCUGGACAGUCAGGACUCUAGGAAUUUCUUUAGGAAGGUCUUGGGCUCGGCACACAGCGAUGCACUUGGUGGAAAUCUUCAGUCAAACAUGCGACCCCUCCUGGAGACUCCAGGGAUGGCAGGGGACCUGAAUAAACCCAUGUCCUCACAGAGGAGCUUCCUCCCAGGCAGCUCCCUCCAGUGUACAGGAGUAAUGGAUUCAUUUCCCAUUCUCUCCCAGUCUCCUUUUUUUGACAGUCGGGAUCGCAGUGGCUUAUUCAGCCCAGAACAAGGUGAUACAGAUAGUCCCUGGGCUACACCUUCCACUCCUGCUACUCCUUCUACACCUCCUACUCCCACAGAGCAAGACAAUGAUGGGCUGUCCUACAACCAGCGCAGCUUGCAGCGCUGGGAAAAAGACGAAGAACUGGGAGAGCUGUCCACUAUCUCGCCUGUAUUGUAUGCCAAUAUCAACUUCCCUAACCUCAGGCAGGAAUACCCAGAUUGGUCAAGUAGAUGCAAGCAGAUUAUGAAGAUGUGGAGGAAAGUUUUGGCAGCUGACAAAGCACCCUACUUGCAAAAGGCAAAAGAUAAUCGGGCUGCUCAGCGCAUUAGCAAAAACCAGAAGCAGGCAGAGAGUCAGGUGAACCGUCCGUUGAAAGUUGAAGGUCGCCCUAAAGGGGAGAAGCCGUCCCUGCAUCUCCACAUCCCCCCUCCUUCUGGGUGUGUCUCCACCUCCUCAGAGCCCAGCACCUCAGAGAGCCCCUUUUCUUUCUCUCAGGAUCCAGGAGCCUCAAUGUAUGGCAACUCGGUGCCGCUCACCCCAGAAAGUGUGCCUAAAACUUCAGGACUAUUGCAGAGCGGAGAGGUUUGCAGAGAACCCUUUAACAAACUACCACAAAGUCACAUUAACAGCUCCUCCAUGACUUUCUCGCAGUCUUCCUCCAGCCCCGUCCAGACAGCCUCAGGCUUCCAUAUGCCAACUGCUCCUCCUGGCACCCCACAAGCGAGGGCCGCAAACCUGGGGUCUGUGGAUCUUAAGCUUGGAAUAGCCAGGUGUCCACAGACCCCAACAAAUGACCCAUUUUUAAAACCACAACAGCUGCAGGACACACUGGGUCCUCCUGAGAGUCCACGACUAAAGCAGCCUCCACUGGGUGGUGAGCCUGCAGUGCUUUCUCCACUUUCCACACAUUUUGGAGAGACAUUUCAAAAUCCAGCUGGCAGAGUAACUGAGCAAUCGCCACGUCAAGAUUACAGCAUGAAUUCCUCUCGAGCCUCUACACCCGGCUUGGGUCCACGGCAAGAUUUCCCGAUGAUCUCUUCUCCAGCAUCUGUCACCCCAGCCCCACGGCAGGACUUUGGAGGGGUUGGGUCUCCUGCUGCUGUACAAGGUUUCGCAGAUACGGCAUUGCAUAUUGGGGAAGGAAAAGGUAGUGAUGUGUUUAAAGCACCAUUGACUCCCCGCAUGCAUCAGGGUGAAGCACAAAACCCCUUGCAGUGCUACUCUGCCCCCCAGCAUCCAGGGGCAUCUCCUCAGUAUCGGCAGUCUCCAUCCACCCCCUUCUCUGACCCAAACAUGCACCUUCCACUCACACCUAGGCCCCAGGUGAGAGACAGCUGUUCGCCUCUUCCCCAGCGUGGCCUUCCUCAUGAUUCAUACUCAAGGGUACCCCCAGCAAGCCCACAGUCUCAGGGCAGCUGUCAGUCACCCUUGACCCCUGGUCCCUUGUCAAGUGAAGCCUUCUCCUCCCAGUCCCCACUGACCCCUCGCUUCCAGUCGCCUGAUCCAUACUCGCGCCCACCCUCCAGACCACAGUCUCGAGACCCUUUUGCUCCACCUCACAAGCCACCCCGGCCAACAGCAGGAGACUCUGCUUAUAGGACAUCGCCUCACCUCAGCCAGCCUGGUACACCUCAGGGGGACUCUGCACCCAAAGCAAUUCCUGCCCAACCAACUUUCAGCAGGAGCCCAAGUGCAGGGGUUUUCACUGGCCUCCAGCAGCAGCCUCGGGUAAUGUCUGCCACUUACCCAGAGACGGUGACAAAUUCUCCAGCACACCCAAAUACGCACAGAAUGCAGCCGGGCACUCCAGAUACUGUAGGGAACUGCUCCCUGGACCCCAGUUUCCAGCCUCCUCAGAGAACGCAGAUUUGCCGGCUUCCUGAAAGGAGAGAUGAAUCUACACCAGCAGUUGCAGUUACAGAGAUGUCCAUGAACCAAGACCCCUCGUUUGGCAACCUCAGCCAGUCUGAACAGGAGAAACACAGACAGCGUCAAAGGUUGAGGGAGCUGCUCAUCCGACAGCAGAUCCAGCGCCACUCUCUUCGUCAAGAAAAAGAGGCAGCAGCGGCCAUUGGUAACACCCCUAACUGGCCAGUAGACCCUGGCACUUUUCAACAAGACAAGACACAGCGGGCUCCUCCUCCUUAUCCUGCUGCACAGGAGCAAAAUCUGGGAACUGAAAAUCCCACUUGUGGAAAGCUGGCCCAACCACUAGCUCCUCUGGAUGACAAAAUACUAAGGCCUCCUCCUCCUGGGACACCUUCUCCUGUUGAUCCAGCGACCAUCAGGCAGCCCGUCCCCAGCAGUCCUCAGGGCUUUUUCACCCGAGGCCCAUUCCCUGGCCAGUGGCAGGGUCAGAGUGGGGUAAUGCAGCGCUUUCCACAGAACCCCAGAAUGGACACUCCUCUCAGACCCCAUUUGAAUAUAGCACUGAGUGGCAUGCAAGGCCUACCAGCCAGGCCUCUCCAACCACCACCACCACCACCACCGGACUCCAUACCCAGCCCUCAGGUGCCUGUCACCCCUCAGUUCAUUGAACUAAGGCACAAUAUGCAGAGGCUUCCAGUCGGAGCUCAGUUUGUACAGCGAAACCCAAUGCCAAGACCACGGUUUUUCCCAUCAACUCCAGAAGUGGGGGGCCCUUACGGUCACUCAGUGCCUCAGCCAGAAGGGGCCAGAACUCCUACUGCAGUGCCACAGCCAACUGUAAGACCACCACCUGUGCUAUCUGCUUUGCGUUCUCCUGAGCCUCCAAGUGCCGCUGCCCCUCCUCCUGCAGAUGCCAACACCAGUAAACCCUGCCGCCUUGAGCUUCCAUGCCCAGACCCUGAGCUGGAUGAUGACUUUGUUUCCCACAAAGGUCUAGAAGAAGAAGACGAUGACUUGGCUAAUUUGAGUCUUGACCCUGACAAGGGUGAUGAUGAGCUGGGAAACUUGGACAGUCUGGAGACAGCGGAUCCCCACCUAGAUGACCUACUCAAAUGUGAUGAGUUUGACUUGCUGGCCUACACUGACCCUGAACUGGACGUAGGAGACAGGAAGGACCUCUUUACUGAGCAGUUGAGGCUUGUAGAAGUGGAGAGCGAGGGUAGUAGCUCAGAUGUUGCAGACCGCAAAAUGGAAGCACAGAAACAGAACGGAGAGCUUCAGGGCACUUGCAUACCAGGUGGGACGGGAGCAGCACUGGAGUCCUCUAUUUCAUCCAAUGUUAGGCCGACUGGGUUGACAGAGGACGGACAGAAAGUAAAAUUGAAGCAGGAGGAGGGCCUGUCUUUGUCCUCCACAUGCUGCUUCAAGACUGAAUCCAAAAACAGUACAGAAGUACGCCCUGUGAAAGAUGAAGUGGGAGAUGCUGUCUCCCUGCUGCUGCACCCCAAGCUUGGGCCUUCUAGUGGCCUGUCUCCACCAAGCAGCAGAGCUCCUGGCCUGCCUUUCUCCAUCCCUGGUCAACCUGACACACUUCCCUCAGUUGUACCCAAGUUCGAUCUGGAUGAAGAUGCCUUAGCUCUUCCGGAUGGGCAGCACUCCCCAGCCGUUGAUCUGGAUAAAGUUGAGAGCACCCUAGAGGCCAGCGAGCUCCCUCUGUUGAUACAGGACCUGCUAGAGCAUGAAAAGAAGGAGCUGCAGAAGCAACAGCAGCAGCGGCAGAUCUCUCUCCAGCAAGGCUUAAGCUCUCAGCUGCAACCAGUCUUGCCCGCUGAGGGAACACAUCGAGUUGGCUUGCCACAUGGCCUACUGGGUCAGCAACCUCCUUUCCAGCCAGGUGUCGUAGCUAGGCCCAAUGGUCCUCCACUUAUUGUUUCCAGUCCGCAGCAACAGCAGCAGCAGCAGCAACAACGACUUAUGAGUGCCAGUGUACCUCCUCAUCUGGCUAUGGUCCAGUCACAGGGCAUUGUGGGCACUGGACAGGCCACUGGAGAAGUCCAGCCACCAGGAGGACACCACCUAUCUACCAGCCAGAUUCCAGUUCCUGGUCUCCCACAACAGCAGAUUAUGAAGCAGCCUCUUCCAAACAGCAGUUUCUUCCCAGAGACAGAUUUAGACAAGUUUGCAGCUGAAGAUAUCAUAGACCCCAUUGCCAAAGCGAAGAUGGUGGCGCUCAAGGGAAUCAAACGUGUUAUGGCACAGGGCAGUAUUGGCGUUGCAACUGGUAUAAACAGACAACAAGUUUCCCUAUUGGCUCAGAGGCUAUCAGGUGCUCCUGGACCCAGUGAAGCACAGACACGUCCAGCAGCAGUCCCUGGCAAGGAGGGAGAGGGUCCCGAGUUGCCUCCAGCCCGCCCUAACCCACCCCAAUUUGUGCAAGGCAUUAUCAAUGAUGCUGAGCAGCAUCAAUAUGAGGAGUGGCUGCUACACACCCAGCAGCUCCUGCAAAUGCAGCUUAAGUUCCUGGAGGAGCAGAUUGGAGUUCACCGAAAGUCUCGAAAGGCACUUUGCGCCAAGCAACGCACAGCUAAAAAGGCUGGCCGCGAGUUCCCUGAAGCAGAUGCUGAAAAGCUGAAACUUGUGACAGAACAACAGAGUAAAAUCCAAAAGCAGCUGGAUCAGGUUCGAAAGCAGCAGAAGGAACAUACCAAUCUGAUGGCAGAAUACCGUAAUAAACAACAGCAGCAUCAGCAGCAACAACAACAGCAGCAGCAGCAGCAGCAAGGGUCUGGCCUACUGACUUCAGGUGCCCCCACAGGCCCACGGAUGCCUGUCCAGCUACUUCAGGGUGCACUAGGUGCUCAAGGACAACCUAUGCGAAUGCCCGCGAUGCCAGCCCAGCAAGGUCAGCCUUUCAUGAACUCUGGUCCCAUGGGAGCUGUGAACUCUGCACCGACUCCUUCUGGGAACUACUUCCCUCAAGGCAGUGUGGUACCAGGUAAUGAUGCCAGACUUCUUCAGAUGCAACAGCAGCACCGAAUGCAACUUGUCCAAAAAAUGCAGCAGCAGGGCCUUAUGGCACAGGGUCACAUACAGAUGCAACAGCAAGGGCAGCCAUCAUCACGGAUCACAGGGAACACCCUUGUAGGGCAGCCAGCUUCGCAAAGCAUGAUGGGGAACCAGCAAGUCAUGAUGGGGAACCAGGCACUAAUGGCAAGCCAGCAAAACAUGACAGGAAACCAAAACCAGCAAGCCAUCAUGGGCACCCAACAAAUGGUGCAAAACCAGCAGAAUAUGAUGGUCAGUCAGGCCCAGCAGAACCUCAUGGGUGGUCAGCAACUCACACCGAUGGUACAGAGCCAGCAGGGGGUGGUUGGUGCUCAACAACCUGGAACAUUAUUACCACAGAGACUGCAGAACGUGGGGGCCCAACAGUUGUUCACAGAUGCAGAUGCGCUUCGAAAGUCGCAGGUUGUGGGUGGGCAGCAGAAUGUCCUAGCACAAAGACUGCUCCUGCAGCAGCAACAGCAGCAGCUCCCUCCACCACAGUCACAUGUUGCUAAGGAUCUUGUGCCACUCCAGCAGCAAAGUUUUGUGCACCAGCAGGAAGCUGGUGUCUCUUCACAACCUUUUCCAGGGCAUUCACCUUCAGAGGGAGCUCAGCGUGAUCAACAGCCACAGGGUAUGUCUGAAAGCCUCCCGGGACAAGCGAUGAUAGUCCAAAAUACUGGUCAGGAACAGCAAAAUGUAGGCAACCAGGAGCAAAGCCUUCUCAACCCUCUAACACCUCAGGGUUCCCAGACUCCACUUAGACUCCCAGGCUCUGGCUCAGUGGUAGACCAGCAGGGAGUACUUGUGCAGCAGCAGCCAGUGUCAACUCCUGUCCAGCAACAUAGCUUUCAGGGAGCACCAGCAGAAUUGGCUCUGCAGAGACAAAGCUCCAUAGGGGACAAACAGACUGGCAGUGCACCGAAAGCCCCCAAUGUAGGUGUAGUUACAAUCAAGCAGGAGUCGCAACCAAUGUGCUAUCUCGGAGGGCAGCAGCGAGUGUCAGUUGGGCCAAAAGUUGGAACUCCUCAGAAUAUGUUAGGAGUGCAGCAAAUGAACUCAGCUGCACAGCAGCAGCAAGGUAUGCUGGGAUUGUACCAUCUUAACCAACAGCAAAAUCUAGCUGGGCAAAAGCCAGGUAUAAUGGCGCAGAUGACUGCUGGGCAGCCUCGAAUGAUGGGCCACAGGCUGCCACCAAACAUCCAGGGCUUAAUUGCUCAAAAUCCACAGCUUCGCCAUCUGUCUCCUCAGCAACAGCAACAACUCCAAGCCAUCCUAGCCCAGCGACAGCUUGCCCAAGGGCAAGUGCUGCGUUUGUCUGCAGGACAGGGCCAGCUACAUCAGGGCCAAGGGGCCAUCAUGCCUCAGCAUCCACAGUUCCAGCAACAGCUAAUGAGACAGCAACAGUAUGGAAUGAUGGUCCAGUCAACACCACAACCCCAAGGGGUUAUGGGCCAGUCGGUUCACUCUGGCACACCUUCUCCACAGCAACAAGGGAUGUCAGGACAGUCAGUCCAACUAGGCACAUUAGCUCAGCAACAAGUAAUUAUGGGACAAUCAACACAAAGUACGGCAUCUCCACAGCAGCAAGAGGCAAUGGGGCAAUCUGCACAAGGUCCAGUAUCUCUUCAGCAGCAAGGACUCCUGGGACCAUCAGUGGGUCAGGCAGCAAUGACCCAGCAACAACAAGGACUCAUGGCACAGUCUAUGGGACAGCAAACAAUGGCCCAGCAGCAAGGACUCAUGGGACAGCCUAUUUGUCAACCAGCACCGUCUCAGCAGCAGCAAGUACUCAUGGGACAGUCAAUGGCUCAGUCUGCAAUGCAACAACAGGGACUUGUGGGACAGUCAAUGAGUCAGUCCAUGGCCUCGCAGCAGCAACAAGGACUCGUGGGGGGGCAAUCGGUAACCUCCCAGCUGCAGCAGCAGCAAGGACUUGUGGGGGGACAGUCGGUGACGCAGCAGCAACAACAAGGAAUUAUAGGACAGUCGAGUCAGUCAGUAACAUCACAGCAGCAGCAAGCACUUAUGGGACAGUCAGCAAUGCAACAGCAAGGACUAAUGGGCCAGUCAGUAGCAUCCCAGCAGCAGCAGGGGCUCGUGGGACAAUCUGUGGGUCAGUCAGCAUUGCCCCAACAGCAGCAAGAAGUCAUGGGGCAAUCCAUGGCUCAGAUAGCAACAUCCCAGCAGCAGCAACAGGGGCUUAUGGGACAAUCCAUGGUUCAGUCAGCAAUGUCUCAACAACAACAAGCACACAUUGGGCAGUCGAUGAUUCAGACACAAUUGCAACAGCAGCAGCAAGGACUUAUUGGACAGUCCAUGGUUCAGAUCUCAUCCCCUUCACAGCAGCAGCAGCAACAUGGGCUUAUGGGACAGGCUGCAGCAGUGCAGCAGCAGCAUGGAGUCAUAGGACAGUCCAUGGGUCAGACAUCAACAUCCCAGCAGCAGCAAGGUGUUCAGACACCAAUACCCCAGCAGCAGCCACAGCCAGGGCUAUUGGGACAGGCAGUAACAGCACAGCAGCAGCAUGGGAUAAUAGGACAGUCCAUGGUUCAUACUGUGACAUCCCAGCAUCAGCAGGGACCUUUGGGACAGUCAAUGCCUCAACAUUCACCAUCUCUGCAGCAAGGGAUUAUGGUGCAAGUUACCACAUCUCAACAGCUCCAUGAGUCUAUGGGACAAUCAGUGGCACAUGUUGUAACAUCUCAGCAUCAGCAAGGAAUUAUGGGACAGAGUGUAAAUGCACAGCAGCAUCAGGAGCUCAUGACACAGGUGGUAGCAAGUCAUCCAAAUCAGGGGCUUAAAGGACAGAUUGCAGCAACUCAGCAGCAUCAGCAGGGGCUCAUUGGACAGGGCCUUAUGACUUCACAGCACCAAGGAAUUAUGGGACAGACUGCCUCAACACAGCAGCAUCAAGGAAUUGUGGCACAGGCUCCUCCAGCUCCCCAGCAACAGCAAGGUAUCAUGGGGCAAACUGCAGCAGUUCAGCAGCAACAUCAUGGGUUUGUGGGUCAGGCUAUGGUUUCUCAACGGCAGCAGCAAGGUCUUAUGGGACAGACUGUAAUAUCUCUGCAGGGUCAAGGCAUUAUCGGGCAAGCUCAACGGCAGCAACAGCAGGGCAUAAUGCGACAUAUGGCAUCUGUUCAGCAGCAGCAGCGAACAAUCAUGGGACAGUUUGCAGUUGGGCGUGCGCAGCAGAGCAACAAUGGACAAGUUACAGCACUUCCACAGCAUCCACAGCAAGGCUCCAUGCUACAAGCUACAGCAUCCCCACAGUAUCCCCAGCAAGGUGCCAUGGGACAAGCUACAGCAUCUUCACAGCAUCCACAGCAAGGCACCAUGGGACAAAUUACAGCAUCUCCACAGUAUCCCCAGCAAGGCCCCAUGGGACAAACUACUGCAUCUCUACAGCAUCCCCAGCAACUAGCCAUGGGACAAGCCACUGCAUCUCCACAGCAUCCCCAGCAACUAGCCAUGGGACAAGCUACUGCAUCUCCACAGCAUCCCCAGCAAGGCGCCAUGGGACAAGCUACUGCAUCUCCACAACAAGGCGCCAUGGGACAGGCUACUGCAUCUCCACAGCAAGGUGCCAUGGGACAAGCUACUGCAUCUCCACAGCAAGGCGCCAUGGGGCAAGCUACUGCAUCUUCUCACCAUUCACAUCAAGGCGCCACGGGACAGUCAGUGGCCGCAUCGCCGCAUCAGGGCACCAUGGGACAGUCAGCUGCCGCAUCACCGCAUCAGGGCACCAUGGGACAGUCAGUUGCCACAUCGCCACAUCAGAGCACCACGGGACAGGUUACAGGAGCUCAGCAGCAGCAUAUGUUAGGGAAGCCAGCGCAACAGUUUGCAGUACCAAAGCAGGAGAAAACAAAUGUGGGGCAGGCAGCACCCUUAGUUGCAACAUCUCCACAGCAGCACCGAGCUAUUGAACUGUCACCACAACAGACUGCAGGAGUUCCUCCACUGCAUAACCAAAUGGGAUUGCAAGGAGAGGCCAGGCAUUUGGAACUUAAGCAGACCCACAUUAACAGGGCAGCUUUGUCAGAACAAAAGCCACUUGUAGAGCAACAGGGAAUACCAGCAAAAAUGUCUACACAUCUUGAAACCCCUGCAGGUCCACUGCCACAAAAGGGUGAUCGAGAUCCACAGCACGUGGAAAUCCCCACCUCUAGUUCUUUCCACCAGCAAGUUGAAGCGGGCACUGGUGGUGCCCCUAAGCUUCCACCACCUGCUGCUUCUGCUCAGAAAGAAAGUGUCACAGGGUUUCCUAUCAGCUCAGUCCAUCCUCCAAGUUCUGGUGCCGAGAUUCUGAUGGCUAGACAAGUUUCUGAGGGUCCUGGUGUUAAGGAACCUGUGAGCUGUGAUUCUCGGGCGCCUGAACCACUAAAGCGACCCCAGGAACUAGUGGGUGAUACCCAGAGAAAUGGACAGCCUGUGCAUAAUGUUGGUUUAUUGUCUCUUCAAAACAUCAAGCAAGAGCCCAAGGAGGAUGGCCUGUGUAUCGGUGAUGGGAAAGCAAGUGCAAUCAAGCGAGAGGCCAAUGGGGAACCAGUUGGGCUGGCUGGCCUACCAUCUGGUCCUCGAUCAGAAGCUGGCCAGCAGCUCCUGCAGAAACUUCUACGGGCAAAAAAUAUGCAGCUAGCUGGACAUCGGCCAGCAGAUGGCAUCCACAAUGAAAUUAACGGACACAUUGACAGCAAGUUAGCAAUGCUGGAGCAGAAACUGCAAGGGACUCCACGCAAUAUGGAGGAUCUCCAAGCCUUAAGUAAGAAACCUCCAGUGGUUAAACCCAAACGAGUCUCCAAAUCUGGAGAGCGUGUUGGCAACUCAAGGAAGAAAAGCAAGAAGGAUGAAGGGGGGAAGGUGAAAUCUGCUGAGGCAUUGAUGAAGCAGCUCAAGCAGGAGCUCUCCCUGCUGCCCCUUGUGGAGCCCUCUAUCACAGCUAAUUUUGACCUUUUUGCCCCCUUUGGGAGCAGCCCCAUCAAUGGCAAGAAUCAACUUAAGGGAUCUUUUGGGACUGCCAUACUUGAUAGUGUGCCUGACUACUAUUCUCAGCUUCUCACCAAGAAUAAUCUAAGCAAUCCACCAACACCACCGUCGUCUCUGCCUCCCACGCCACCUCCUUCUGUUCAGCACAAACUGGUCAAUGGCAUCACAACAGUGGAAGACCUGCCUGAUGGCCAUAUCGCCCCAGAAGCUCCUGUGGAAUCUGAAGAGGCCAAGGAAGUGAAAAGCGUUGACCUUCUGGCAGCCUUGCCCACACCACCUCAUAAUCAGAAUGAAGAUGUGAGAAUGGAAAGUGAUGAGGAUAGUGAUGCUCCAGACAGCAUUGUGCCCGCCUCAUCACCAGAGAGCGUACUGGGUGAGGAAACGUUCCGGUUCCCUCAGCUAACGGACUUCAAGGAGACAGAGCUGGAGCGGGCUUGCUCACCUGUUAUUCCCAUGAUUCCCAGAGCCUGCAUACCAGAAAACAAGCCCUCAGAAGCUCUGAGCAGUUUCUUGGACAAUGGUGGCAAGGUUGCUCCAACAGGAAGUGCCCCCUGGGAGAAGACUAAGGGGAGUGAGGUGUCUGUGACGUUUACUCUGUCUGCAGCAGCUGCCAAGAAUCUGAAUGCAGUAAUGGUGGCAGUUGCUCAGCUGUUAAACGUGCGGGUGCCUGGCUCUUAUGAAGUAAACUGUCCGGAGAAUAUGGGUCAAGCCAUCACAGAACAGAGGAAGCUGCCAACAGAACAGCAGUCAACAGCAAUGUUACCCACAAACUCCAAGUCUUCAGAUACUGAGAGGCCUCCACCUGAAAAGGUAGCAUGGUUGAAGCAGCUAGAAGCGUCUCUCCCCGGUUGUCCUGUGAAGAAGCAAGUGGACAUCCUGUCCCUCAUUAAACAGGAGUCUUUGGAGCCAGAGCCCAAACCGGUGCAGCACUGUUACAUAACUAAUGUCUCAAAUCUGGAUGUGCGCCACCUGCCAAUCAUCCCAGUUGAAACCUCGCCCCCUCUAUCUCCUGCCGCCCCCACCUCCUCUCCCUCAAGCCCAGCUGAAAUCAUUAAACUGGAACCAGAGCAUGACCCUGUCCUGAUACCUCCACUGCCGCCUUCGAACUUAGAACCUACCAAAAUCAAGCAGCGUUGCCGUCUGGCUUCUGAGGAUGAGGAAGCCAAACCUAAAGUGAAAAAGUGGAAAGGCGUCCGAUGGAAACGGCUGCACCUGCUGAUCACCAUCCGUAAAGGGGGCUCACAUAAGGAAACUGGACGGGAGAUUGCUGAGCUCAUUGACAAACUGCGCAUAACACUGAGGCCUGACACCCUUCCCAGAGACCUGCGCAAGUGCUGCUUCUGCCAUGAGGAAGGAGAUGGGGCUACAGAUGGGCCCGCCAGGUUACUAAACAUCGACCUGGACCUUUGGGUGCACCUCAACUGUGCCCUUUGGUCCACAGAAGUGUAUGAGACGCAAGGGGGUGCACUGAUCAAUGUGGAGGUUGCACUGCGACGAGGUCUGCGUACCAAGUGUGCCUUCUGCCAGAAGACCGGUGCCACCAACAGCUGCAACCGUCUGCGCUGCCCCAACGUUUACCAUUUUGCUUGCGCCAUAAGGGCUCGCUGCAUGUUCUUCAAGGACAAGACAAUGCUGUGCACCCAGCACAAACUUAAGGGUCCCAGUGAUGAGGAACUCAGCUGUUUCUCUGUCUUCCGCCGUGUCUAUAUCGAGCGUGACGAGGUGAAGCAGAUUGCCAGUAUCCUGCAGAGAGGGGACCGCAUCCACAUGUUCCGUGUGGGAGGGCUCAUCUUCCAUGCAAUUGGCCAGCUCUUACCCUACCAGAUGGCAGUCUUCCACUCUUCCAACGCCAUCUACCCAGUGGGCUACGAGGCCACCCGUAUCUAUUGGAGCACUCGCUUCCCUAAUCGUAGGUGCUGCUACCGUUGCCGCAUUGGAGAUAAUGAUGGACGUCCGGUCUUUGAAGUGCGCAUCUUAGAGCAGGGAUAUGAUGAUGUUGUGCUACAGGACACAACUGCACAAGCCAUUUGGGACCGCAUUGUGGAGCCAGUAGCACGGAUGCGUAAAGAAUCUGACAUGCUGAAGCUGUUUGCUGAUCAUGUGAAAGGUGAUGAGAUGUAUGGCCUAACCGUCCAUGCUGUUCUGCGCAUCACUGAGUCGCUGCCUGGUGUGGAGAGCUGUCAGAACUAUGUUUUCCGCUAUGGCCGCCACCCCCUUAUGGAGUUGCCACUCAUGAUAAAUCCCACAGGAUGUGCCAGAUCCGAACCAAAGAUCAUGACGCACUAUAAAAGGCCACACACCCUCAAUAGCACCAGCAUGUCCAAAGCGUACCAGAGCACUUUCACCGGAGAGAUCAACACACCAUACAGCAAGCAAUUUGUGCAUUCCAAGUCGUCACAGUAUCGUCGGCUCAAGACAGAAUGGAAGAAUAAUGUGUACCUGGCCAGAUCUCGCAUCCAAGGUUUGGGCCUUUAUGCUGCCAAAGACCUGGAGAAGCACACCAUGGUGAUCGAGUACAUCGGCACUAUUAUUCGCAAUGAAGUAGCCAACCGACGUGAGAAAAUCUACGAGGAACAGAACAGAGGUAUUUACAUGUUCAGAAUCAACAACGAACACGUGAUUGACGCCACACUGACGGGAGGACCCGCACGGUACGUCAACCAUUCCUGUGCGCCAAAUUGUGUGGCCGAAGUGGUGACGUUUGAUAAGGAGGAUAAGAUCAUCAUCAUUUCCAGCCGGAGAAUUCCCAAAGGAGAAGAGCUGACUUACGAUUACCAGUUUGACUUUGAGGACGACCAGCACAAGAUCCCGUGUCACUGCGGUGCAUGGAACUGCAGGAAGUGGAUGAACUGAGGCAGCCAUGUGGCUGCUGUUCAAGGAGGGGCCGGCUGACCGGCCGCACGCCCUUUGAGACAAAAGUCUGGGCUGCAGCCCUCCAUUGCUUUUUGCUCUCUAGGUAACAUUUCUGCACAUUGACUUGAGACUUGCACUCCGUGUUCAUCUGACCCUGUUUGCUUCCUCCCCCCCACCCCAUGUUUUAGAGGCUUAAUGAAAAUAAAGCAAAACUGACUUUUUUUUUUUUUGGUCCAAUCAGCAAGCAAAUGAUACGCUAGCUGUAGGUAGAUGUGCAGAUUUGCCGUGGACUGGUAUUCGUUUGUGCUUCUUGACCUUUAAAGUCAGGACAUAGGCUGAAGCUAGACAAUCGCAAAAAUGACCGAGGCUCCAAGGACAAAGCAAACCUAAGACAGCGGGCGCUUAUACCCAGACUACCUCAUACCUGUGUCUUGGAUCUUCUUAGCUUCAGAUGACACCGAAAGAUUUUAGGGGGAGGAGGGUGAAGGGGGAUUGGAGGAACAUGGCUUGGCUCUGGUGGCCUUCUCCCCCCCACCCCCUGCCCCCUCUCAGGUCAAUGGAGGUCUGCUUCUCUACUCAACGCACAAACUGAAGGAUGUGAUUGCUGCUCGUGCAGGAGAACAGAUCUCCGGGCCUCAGUGCUCCUCCUGCGCCGGACUGCCCUUGGCGUGUCCCCUUUGUAUAUUUACUGUAUUUUACCGUUUUCACCGCCCUGAACUGAAGAGUCGGACUUUGAUUGGACAGACGGGACGGGGGUGAAAGAUGAAAAGGGCAUUUUUCCCACAACCCCCCACCCCUCCCCACCCCCCUUUGUAUGUUAUUUAAAGGAAAUUGGCAGAAUGGAUGACAUGUAUGUACUGCAUCUUGACUGCCGAGAAAAAUUAAACACAAAAAAAAAAAAAAGCUGCAAAAGUGUACAGAUUGUAAAUAGCCGCAGAGUGAACUGCUUGGGAAGAGAGACCGUUUUUAACCAGAGAAAAAUUAAAAAGACAAACCACUGGAUCUCAUUUUAUUAAAACAAUAAAACCUUGAUUAUGUGUAUAUGAAUUUAAUUUUAUUUUUUUGGCAUUUACAAUUAUCGGCUUUUUUUUUUUUUUUCUUUUUGAAAUAGAAGCUUGUAAAGGCUUGUACAUUCUGCUUACGAACGUGAAACGGAGAGGAGAAAAGUACCCAUCUUGUUUUCUUUUGUUUUUUGGCUAUGUGUUGGCAGCUCGCUUCGCUUCUAAUCCCUGCUCAGGUGUGCACAGGGUUGGGGGGAGAUGGGUGGGGGAGUUGUGCCCAUCCAGGAGACACCCCCCACCCCCAUCCAGCAUUAAAGCUUGUCCCGGCCGACCCCACGCCGGGAAAUCCUCUCCCUUCGUCCUCAGAUUCCUAAUUAUUUAGCUGCCUGAUUUUAAUUUCCUGACGAAUCAUGCGAUGACUUGGGAUCAAGAACCUGCUGGCAUAGGACUCCAGGGUAAUUACUUAGCAUAAGCCAUUUCUGUCCCCGCUGCCAUUCUGUCUGCCUCAGUGGGCUUUUUAAUUAUUUAAAAAGAUUAUGCAUAGUUUUAUUUUAAAGAAAAAAAUAAAAACAAAUCCAUAUUUCAGAGUCUUUAAGCAUUACAUCCUGCUCAUUUUAUAUUGUGUUGUCAGUUUUGUAUAGCAAGGUUGCGUUUAGGACAAACAAAUCAUUUUUAUUGUAUGUGGCAUGUUUUGUAUGAAUUAUCAUUUGAAUUGUACAUAAAUUAUGUCUGGCAACGCGGGAGGCUGUACUCAAUCUCUCAGCUUCGUUUCUUGUAAAGGAAAAAAAUAAAAAGGCAUUUUAAAUACAAA